GACCUGCGCAGCGACACGGUGAGCCGGCCCAGCGCGGGGAUGCGCCGCGCCAUGGCCCGCGCCGCGCUCGGCGACGACGACUACGGCGAGGACCCCACGGUGAACGAGCUCCAGCAAGCGGCCGCCCAGCUGCUGGGGACGGAGGCCGCGCUGUUCGUGCCCACCGCCACCAUGGCCAACCUCAUUGCGGUGAUGUGCCACUGCCCGCGGCGCGGCGCCCAGCUGCUGCUGGGACGGGACGCCCACCUGCACGUCUACGAGCAGGGCGGCGCCGCACAGGUGGCCGGGGUUCACUCCCAGGCCCUGCCGGAGCUGCCAGACGGCACCCUGGACCUGGAGCAGCUGGAGUUCACCAUCCGCCAGGCCCACGGCAGCCGCUACCACCCGCGGCCCGAGCUCGUGUGCCUGGAGAACACGCACAGCUCUGCGGGCGGCCGCGCGCUGCCCCUCUCCUACCUGCAGCAGGUGCGCCGGCUCACUGGGCGCUACGGGCUGCGGGUGCACAUGGACGGCGCGCGGCUGCUGAACGCCGCGGUGGCCCAGGGCGUGCAGCCCGCACACAUCGCCCAGCACUGCGACUCCGUGUCCCUGUGCUUCUCCAAGGGCCUGGGCGCGCCGGCCGGAGCGGUGCUCGCCGGGCGCAGGGAGCUCGUGUCCGAGGCCUGGCGCAUGCGGAAGCUGCUGGGGGGUGGCCUGCGGCAGGCCGGCGUGCUGGCGGCGGCUGCACACAUGGGGCUGCAGCGCGCGGGGACCACGCUGCGUCGCGACCACCGCAACGCCCGCCGCUUUGCACAAGGUGUCCAGGAGCUGGACUCACCCCUCUGCUCUGUCGACCUCGCGGCAGUGGAGACCAACAUCGUGAUGGUGGCCCUGAAGGGGUCCUGGCCGUCCCCCGCGGAGCUGUGCGCGCGCAUGCAGGCGGUGAGCGAGGAGGAGGUGGCCGAGACAGGCCACGCGGUCAGCGUGCUGCUCUUCCCCUGGUCAUCGCACUCGCUGCGCGCCGUCUGGCACUGCGACGUCUCCGACCGCGACACCGAGCUGGCAACCAACAAGAUGCGCUUCGUGCUGAGGAAGUGCCAGGAGCGGCUGGAACAGGACCCUGCUCCUGGCAGCCCCGUGGGCGCAGCCGAGACGUGAGCGCCCGGCACCAAGCAAGGGGCUGGGACAGGCCGGAG